CGGAAGUAGCUGAUAGUAUUCAAAAUGGCUGGAGCUGAUGGAGACGAUUCUCUCUACCCUAUUGCAGUACUCAUUGAUGAGCUACGGAAUGAAGAUGUUCAGUUGCGGCUUAAUAGCAUCAAGAAGUUGUCCACCAUUGCAUUGGCACUGGGUGUGGAGAGGACACGUACAGAGUUGCUCCCCUUCCUAACUGAUACUAUCUAUGAUGAAGAUGAAGUUCUCCUUGCACUUGCUGAGCAGCUGGGCAACUUCACCAUGCUGGUUGGGGGUCCUGAAUAUGUCCAUUGUCUACUGCCUCCACUGGAGAGCCUGGCUACUGUGGAGGAGACAGUGGUGCGUGACAAGGCUGUUGAAUCCUUGCGCAAGAUCUCCCACGAGCAUUCACCUGUGGACCUGGAGGUGCACUUUGAGCCCCUUGUGAAGCGUCUGGCCAGUGGUGACUGGUUCACCUCACGCACCUCUGCCUGUGGCCUCUUCAGUGUCUGUUACCCCCGUGUCUCCAGCACUGUCAAGGCAGAAAUUCGGCAGCACUUCCGCACGCUGUGCUCUGAUGAUACCCCCAUGGUGCGCCGUGCUGCUGCUUCCAAGCUAGGUGAAUUUGCCAAGGUCCUGGAGCUUGAGUAUGUGAAGAGCGACAUCAUCUCACUCUUUACUGCAUUGGCCUCCGAUGAGCAGGACUCUGUUCGGUUGCUAGCUGUUGAAGCUUGUGUGAGCAUUGCCACACUGCUUCCUCAAGAGGACCUAGAGGCCCUGGUGAUGCCAACACUACGUCAGGCUGCUGAGGACAAGUCAUGGAGAGUACGCUACAUGGUGGCUGACAAGUUCUCAGAGCUCCAGAAAGCUGUGGGCCCAGAGAUCACCAAGAAUGAUUUGGUGCCAGCCUUUCAGAACUUGCUGAAGGACUGUGAGGCUGAGGUCCGUGCUGCAGCAGCAAAUAAGGUCAAAGAGUUCUGUGAGAAUUUGCCAGAAGACAGCAGGGAGACCAUCAUCAUGAGCCAUAUUCUCCCCUGUGUGAAGGAGCUGGUGUCUGACACAAAUCAGCAUGUGAAGUCUGCCCUGGCCUCUGUAAUCAUGGGUCUCUCUACCAUUCUGGGCAAAGACAACACCAUUGAGCACCUGCUACCCUUGUUCUUGGCCCAGCUUAAGGAUGAGUGCCCAGAGGUGCGUCUGAACAUCAUUUCCAACUUGGACUGUGUCAAUGAAGUCAUCGGGAUCCGCCAGCUGUCCCAGUCACUCUUGCCUGCUAUUGUGGAGUUGGCUGAAGAUGCCAAGUGGAGGGUGCGGUUGGCCAUCAUUGAGUACAUGCCUCUGCUGGCAGGGCAGCUGGGUGUGGAGUUUUUUGAUGAGAAGCUGAACUCCCUCUGCAUGGCGUGGCUUGUUGACCAUGUUUAUGCCAUCCGAGAGGCAGCCACUUGUAACCUGAUGAAGCUGGUCGAGAAGUUUGGAGCAGAAUGGGCCCAGAACACUAUUGUCCCCAAGGUGCUGGGGAUGGCCAAUGACCCCAACUACUUGCACAGAAUGACCACUCUGUUCUGCAUCAAUGCACUGUCUGAAGCCUGUGGACAGGACAUCACCACCAAGCAGAUGCUGCCUGUGGUUCUCAAGAUGUCCAAUGACCAGGUGGCUAAUGUGCGUUUCAACGUGGCCAAAUCCCUGCAGAAGAUUGGCCCAGUGCUGGAUAGCAAUGCCCUUCAGACAGAGGUCAAGCCAGUGCUGGAGAAACUUGCCACAGAUCAAGACAUGGAUGUGAAAUACUUUGCCCAGGAAGCCAUAAGUGUUCUUGCCCUGGCCUAAAUUACCUGUUUGACUUUCUGCUGAAGAUACAACACAUGGCCCACAACAUACCGCACUGUAUUUAUUGAUAUCCAGGAUCAACUGGCUGCUUAUAGAGGAAAAGUUUUUAAGCUGUAUAAAUGUUUUCCUCCCAUCUUUGCUUUUGGUGGUAGUGGAUGUUCAGAGGAAGCAGAUGAGUUUUUGUUUUGGCCUUUUUUUUUUUUUUUUUUUUUUUUCCUCUUCCCCUCCCCCCUCUCUUAUUGGCAGUGCUUGCUGUAUAUUACUGCAUAUAGCAGAAAAUGAGCUCAGUAAAUUUUUGUGGACUAUGAUGUCUGUACAAACACACAUUUCACCCAUUUACUUCACAUUGCUGCUGUCUGUCCUUUCAGCAUGGAUGUUUGUGUUACUUCUAAGCCUGAUGUCUCCUGACAGUUUGACCCCCGGCCAAAAUUUUCCAUCUUUUUCAUUGUUCUCUGUACAUUUAUGUUGAGGAGCUUCCCUGGCAUGCCUAGGGGAAGGCUGUUCUACUCCCCUUUUUUUUUUUUUUUUUUUUUUUUUAAAAAUCAUGUCCUACAAGCUGCCCUCCAAUUGGGGAGUGCAACUUUUGAGAGACAUGAACACAGCGUGGAAGAGAUGGGAUGAGUAACAUGAGAUCGAUUUUUGUUCUUGUGUGUUUGGAAAGCUUUCUGUUGAUCACAUGUCUGCAUAUUCUUCUCGGUAAAAUGCAUAUUUAAUUCUGAUACUCAGCCCUUACCCCCCUGCCAGCUGUCAUGAUUCUUUUGUGAUCUGUGCACAAAGGAACUUAAAACAAGGGACCAUCACAUGUUGCUGUUUUAGGAUAUUUUAAACUUUGUGCCCUCUAGUAGGACUGUAGAUUUAAUGCCAGGAGGCCAGUGGCCUGACUGUAUGCUAUUAAUCUUUAAUCUUGGUCAUUAUGGGGUAUUAACUGUAACUUCCCUCCCUUCUUGUGCCAGUGGCUGUUGUGGAAAAAGUGGAUUCAGUUGAACUGUUUCUCAUUCCAAUGUAAGGGACUUCCUGUCUUCAAUCUGUAAAAGUUUAAAAAAAAAAAAAGGAAAAAAAAAAGAAAACCUUGCUUUUUUUUUUUUUUCUGUAAUGUCUGAAAUUCUCAGCACCAGUGGGCCGUGUGCAUAUGUGUGUUGGCAUGUGAUCAUUUUAUCAUGUAAAACAUUAACCCAACUGCAGCAAAAGAGGAGACAAUUAUCAGUGUGACAUUCAUUUGGGUGCUGGGUAUCACUGCAUGUUGGAUGUAGCAGGAGGGUAGAUUAAUGUCAGCAUUCAUAAACUAACUUGCUUGCUUUCUCUUGCUGUUUGGCGCAUUUGAAAUGUUUUAGAAUUUAAACUAAAUCUUGUUCUGUGUCACUAGAAUGUGUUGCUUUUAUAUUGAAUGACACCCCCUUUAAGAAAAGACUCACUGUACUGUAGGGGGAAAUUAAUAAAGUAAUGAAAUGUU